GUGAGCGCAGAUUUAACCGGUUCGCGGUAGAACGAGGGUGAGGGAGUCAAGGGCGUGCGCUGCGCGUUGCUGACAGCUCGGCGCUUCACGCGCAUGCCCAGUCAGUGGUGGUCAGCGCUGAGGAGAAAACAACGGUAGCCGCUAGCUAAAGCAGAGGAGCGGAGCGGAGAGGUGAGGAGAGGAGAGGCGCGGAGCGGGAGCUACUGUACUUCCACACGCACGCACUGUUUAUCUGCUCUCCAUCCCAGCCUGUCCUGUGGAUACCUAUUCAGCGGCGGCACAGUAGGAUGCAGUGACAGUCAUUCAGGCAGGUGAAUGUCUGCAGGCUGUCCUUUCAUGGUGUUCCUGCGACCAGUAUAUAAGAGGAAGAGUACGGUUUAAGUGGCAGACCUCCCUGUGAGCCGGAGUCUGCGUCCGAUCAGUCAACUCCUGCUAAGGGAGACAGCAGCUGCUGCACGCCCUUCACCUGAACCCCCCCCUCCCCUCUGCCACCAUGGUGCUGUCACAGAGGCAACGAGAUGAACUAAAUCGAGCGAUAGCUGAUUACCUUCGUUCCAAUGGAUAUGAAGAGGCAUAUUCAGUUUUCAAGAAGGAGGCAGAAUUAGACAUGAAUGAGGAACUGGAUAAGAAGUAUGCUGGCCUUUUGGAAAAGAAAUGGACUUCAGUCAUCAGAUUACAGAAGAAGGUGAUGGAGUUAGAAUCAAAGCUGAAUGAAGCAAAAGAGGAGAUCACUUUAGGGGGACCUAUAGGACAGAAACGAGACCCCAAAGAAUGGAUCCCCCGUCCUCCAGAGAGAUAUUCUCUGAGUGGCCACAGGAGUCCUGUCACCAAGGUCAUCUUCCAUCCGGUCUUCAGUGUGAUGGUGUCUGCCUCAGAGGAUGCCACAAUAAAGGUGUGGGAUUAUGAGACUGGAGACUUUGAGCGUACCCUGAAGGGUCACACAGAUUCUGUGCAAGACAUCUCCUUUGACCAGACUGGAAAGCUCCUGGCCUCCUGCUCGGCAGACAUGACCAUUAAACUCUGGGACUUCCAGGGCUUUGAAUGCAUCAGAACCAUGCAUGGACAUGACCAUAAUGUUUCGUCUGUAGCUAUAAUGCCUAAUGGAGAUCAUAUAGUAUCUGCCUCUAGGGACAAAACCAUUAAAAUGUGGGAAGUGGCCACUGGGUACUGUGUGAAGACGUUCACUGGCCACAGAGAGUGGGUACGCAUGGUACGGCCCAACCAGGAUGGCUCCCUGAUUGCCAGUAGCUCUAAUGACCAGACGGUGCGCGUGUGGGUGGUGGCCACAAAAGAGUGCAAGGCUGAAUUGAGAGAGCAUGAACACGUAGUGGAGUGUAUCUCAUGGGCUCCUGAGAGCGCACAUCCCACUAUACUGGAGGCCACUGGCUCUGAGACUAAGAAGAGUGGGAAACCUGGACCGUUCCUGCUGUCUGGCUCCAGAGACAAGACUAUCAAAAUGUGGGAUGUCAGCACUGGCAUGUGCCUUAUGACACUGGUUGGCCAUGAUAACUGGGUGCGUGGUGUGCAGUUUCACCCUGGUGGAAAGUUUAUUGUGAGCUGUGCUGAUGAUAAGACUUUGAGGAUCUGGGACUACAAAAACAAGCGCUGCAUGAAGACCUUGAGUGCCCAUGAACAUUUUGUUACCUCUCUGGAUUUUCACAAGGUUGCUCCAUACGUGGUCACUGGCAGCGUAGAUCAGACAGUAAAAGUGUGGGAGUGUCGCUGAUCUUACCUGCAGGACCCCACUACCACGGCCCUUCACCCCGACCCAUUUUUCCCCAUUCUCCAUCCGGAUGCACUUGACCACCAUGGUUUUGACCCACCUAGCUCUGGUUCAAUAACUAUUGUCCUUUUAUGUAAAUUAUUCUGGAUGUAGAUCGAGCUAUUAAAUGUUACACACACAAAAAAAAGUAUUCUUGCAUGGUGAAUCCAAAAUUGUAUACUGUAAAUUUACAUAACGUUGUCUAGAAGUACCAUAGGUUUAACACAGGCUGAUUUUUCACUCAGCCUUACCUACCGAAGGCGUGAACUGACUGGGUUAAUGUAGGGCACUAUACUGAUAAUUUAAUGACAGUGUCAUCCUUGUUUGUUCCCCUGCCCUGCUGUUUUUUUGUUUGUUUUUUUUUUUUUUUUUUUAAACAAUUUUUUUCUGUCAUUUUUUUUCUGUCACUGUCAGUCUUUUGGUGCCUAGCUUGAUGACCUUUUUGAGGGGAGAAAGACAACAAAACGGAAUACCAUAAUACCUAUAAUCCCUAGAGGAACAAUUAAUUGCCUAUGGGGCUUGUUAUCAGAAUGAUCUGUAGCUUUGUAACAUCAUUUCAGAAGUGUGCUUACCAUUCUCUUAUUGUGGAACUAUAAGAUGAUUUAAUGGCUGCAUCUAAGAAUGAUAGAACAGUUGUCUUGAAAUGUUGGGGGGGGGGGGAUCUUUGUACACUUGUCAUGAAAUGUCCUACUGAGAGAGUCCCUAGAUAUGGGUUAAUCUUGGAGCUCUGAGAAAAGAAUCUCACUUCAGGGCCUAAUUUUGUUUUUUUGUUUUGCCUAAUUUCUUUGUAUAGUGGGCAUAUCUAAAGAUGGAGAUUGUCCCUAGAAGCACUUCAAACUUUAUGAGCACCAAAAAUGUUGCCUCUGUGAAGCACUUGAAUUGGCGAUUAGUGCUCAGACAAUGAAGUGCUAGUUUAAAGAGAUUUCUAUAUUGCUAAAAUGAAUUCAAAGCUACUCUUGCCCUCACUGAGCUGAUGUUCUAGGCUUGUUUCCUUUCUGCAAAAAUCAUGUAAACUUAACAUUAAAUUGUCUUGUUGAACCAUUUGUGCAAAGCAGGUGUUCUUCUACAAUGCAAAAGAAAACCCUCAGUUUGGACCUUUACAUAUGAAACAUGACAAGGGCUCAAAGUGUUUCCUAGUGUUCAAUUGGGAAUGUGUAAAGAGCAUUCUUGCAAAUGAAAGGUGGUUCUGUAUAGAAGAAAAACAUGGGAUAGUGGUGACAUUACAAUGAAUUGAUAGCUGGGUUUGCCACUGUAGGAAGCUCCAUUCUAUAAUGACUGACAGGUUAGUGGGGGAUUUUAUUUAAAGCAAUCUAAUGAAAUGCUAGCAGCGGUUAUACUAAUGUCUGCCUGAGCUCUUUGUGGAAAAGCUUGAUGGUCGCAGCCUAAUUGUAAGAGGGUUUUCACAUAGUAGACCACAGCAGCUCUCCCUCGACCCAGAGAGGAGGAGAGUGCUCGUGGCUCUGUGAACAUCCCAAACAGGAAAGCGCCACAAGCUCUGGAGCCAUUACUGAUGUCUUACGAGUAGUACGUUCUCUCCUGUUCAUCUUGCGAUCUGUGUGGGUAACUGUAAAACAUAGACACUAUGCUUUGGGAAUUGAUUUAGUAGAUCCCAGAAAUGGAGGUUGACCAUUCCAUAUCUUAAAAAUAAACAACUGCCUUUGUCUUUGGCAGCAAAGUUGAAAGACUUGAAAAAAAAGAAAACUAACUUGUACAUCCCUCUCGCGUUGGAUCUUCUGUCCCUUCGGACUGAAGCUCUAAGCAGUUUAAGACUUCUUACUAAAUGCAUAAACAGAUCAUUUUAAUUAGCCUUUUCAUUACGAUGCAAUUCUAUAAUAAAGAAUUCCACUGCUUAACCAGUCUAUUAUCUAGCGAUUUCCUGUUAUGUGUACUGGAUGUACCUGCUGCUGCUGAAAAAUGAUAGUAGUCUGAGAUCUGUACCUGUCGACAUAGCACUGCUGCAUGUAACAGUACUGAUGGUUGAGCUGUCUGGUGGGGGUCUGUGGUGGUCCAGGUAGUACUGAAUUUGGUGACUAAUCUCAGGCCGUCCUGCAGUGUCUUAAACAGCGACAACUUCUGCUGCAAAACACAGUGGAAGAAAACCUUUAUUUUGUCGCUCAUGAAUAGUAAAGGGAGAUAUCCAUGUACAGUAUAUAGUGCUGUUAACUAUUUAAUGACUCCAAACACAGACACCUUACCAGAUGGGUCAGCUGGCAUGAUAACUGUGAAAGAGCUCAGUAUGUGGUUGUAGGCAGACUGGUCUGUGCGUGUGCUCUGUGAAGGAGGUUGACUCCUGACUCUGUUCUUUUUGUGAUGGGAUUGCGGCAGACUGAGGGAGAAGUGCCCAACCAAAACCAACAAACACCAUUGAUGCCUCCUGUAAACGUGGUACCGAUUGCAAUAGUCGAAUCAUCUUGUUUAGUUUCUUGCACCUCUUUGUGCUGUAGAGGAGUGUUGGACAGAAAGUUGUCCCUGAUUAUAAUGGGGCUUUUUUGUGCUCAGGCUGAAACUACACUAAAGGGUGUACUCCAUCACAAAAAGUGGUGUGUAAAACAGGUGGAAAUCCUAAACCAAAAAAAAGUGGGGAUUUUGGGGGGAUUUUUGACUUCUGGCUUAUGUCCAUUUAAGAUGUCUCAGAAAUCCUGUAUUGUUAAAUACCCCCAGGUCCCACUGGAAAUGAUCUUGCUAGAUAUUUCAGAAUGUCAUAUUGCUCUUAUUCACGGUGUCCGCAGUUGAUGCUCAAAGCAAGCAAUCCUCUACAGGCACUACUCCCUCCUGAUUGGCAGAUUUUAGGAUUCCUUAUGCCCAUAUGUCUAAUAUGGAAUCAGGACCUGCUUGUCUCUUAGACAAGGAAGGGUAAAGAAUAAGCAAUUCUUUGACACGUUCUUCAUUGCGUGAAUGCUCACUACAUGGGCACCAAGGGGUUCUACGUGCCCUGCAAGAAAAUCACAGGUCCCAAGCAAUCCCAACGCUGCACUCAUAGGAUGGACUAAUGUACAUAAUAUUUGUGGGUCCUUCCUCCAGCCACAAGUUCAUCUGUCAGCUCUUCUUGCUUUGUGAAUAGAUUGGAGGCUUCAGUCUUCAAGCUCUAAUGAGACUUUUGCUUUCAUGGUUAUCACUGUUCACAGCCAAUUGUUAACAAUAUAUCUGGAUGUCAUUAUUGUUUGCAACAUAAUUAAAGAAAAAAAUGUAAA